AGAGGGGGGGAGGAAGAGGAGGGGAGGGAGGAGGAAGAGGAUUGGUCGGAGGAGGAAGUGGAGGGGAGGGAGAGAGCAAGAGGAGGCUGGGAGAGGAAGACAGUGCGAGGGGAACUCAGGGGGGAGAAGGAGCAGGGGAGGCAGGAGGAGGAAGAGGAGGAGGAGGGGCGGGAGGAGGGGCGGGGCUGGCAGGUGGGCAGGGCAGGAGGAAGCGCAUCCCCAUGGAGCAGGCGGAGGAGCAGCGCGAGCAGCAGCGGCUGAGUGCCCGCACGGGGCUGCGGUUGAAGAGCAUGGGCAUUGAGGAGCUGCUGAGCCUGGACGACGAGGAGGAUGAGGAGGAUGAGGGUGGAGGAGGGGGUGGGGGAGGGGGAGAGGGAGAUGGAAGGGGAGGGGGAGGGGGAGCAGUGGCGAGUGUGGGGAAGGCGAUUCUGGAUGAUGCGGAGAGCGCGGAGGAGUGGCGGGAGCCCAUGCCCGCGCAGGGGUACAUUCCCCAAGGGCCGUAUGCCAACGCAUCGGAGUGGCGGCAGCGAGUGCUUGCAGGCAACUCAGUGUUCACGAGGUUCAGUGGCUACCGUGUGGGCGCCCGCAAGCUGGUGGGCAUUGGGGUGAUUCCACGACCGAUGAAGGGGCGGAUGGCAGUAGAGCAGUGCAGGUGGUUCGGCCCCAAUCUCUCAGCACUGGACUGCACGGCCAAUGUCUCGUACUCUCUGGGCCAGCAGACCUCCAAGCACACAGAGGCCGUUAUUGAAGCUGCUUUUAACGAGGAUGUGCCCAACACUGGAGGCUUCCUUGCAGUGCGCAUUGAAGGCACAGACUUUGUGCUCUACAGGGAAUCUCCCCUCUCCUUCCCCACCACCUCCCCCGGCUCCGCCUUCCCCUUCCACUCGGCGCUCUGCCUGCUGCCCUCGGCGCCCAACGCCUCAGUGCCCAUGCACCUGCUGCGCGAGACAGUGGAGUACCACCGCCUGCUGGGGGCGGCGGUGGUGGCGCUGUACGACAGCGGCGCGUGGCACCCUGUGGAGUUCAGGGAGCGGUUUCACGAGGACGUGGACCGCAGAGUGGUCAGGGUGACGGAUUUCAAGGGAGUGCAGCGGUUUGACCUGGAAAGAAACGGGCAGGUGCUAGCGAUGCACGACUGCCUGCACCGCCACACCUUCACGGCGCGCUGGGUCAUCCCAGCGGCAGUCAAUGAGUUCCUCUUCGUCGGCCUGCCCCCCGCCUCCAUCCCCUCCUUCCUCGACCCCUUCGCCUUCCCCCCACCCCCCUCUGAAAACUCCCUCGCCUCCGACCCUCACCUCGACUCCGCCGCUGCUGCCGCGGCCGCUGCAGUAACCGUGGCGGGAGGCUCAGCGGCCGCGGCUGCCGAGGCUGCGGCGUACGUUCGGGCAGUGCCGUGGGUGACGGUGGGGAGCCAGUGGUGGGCGACGAGGCUGUGCUCGCUGCCGUUCCGAGUGGCGGAGGGGAUGGCGUUCUCCCUCGAGCGCAUGGUGUUCCGCUGGCCAUACCCCGUGUGCCACGACCGCGCCAAGUACCCCGACCCGCACGUUUGUGUUGGAGAGGCGGGGUUCAGACGAGUCAUCAUGGACCCGAGAAAGAUCUCGGCUCUAGGCCUGCAUGAGGCGGUGUCCCCCUCCCGCGUGCGGGGGGUGCACGUGCGCACGACUGUGGCCAACUUCAACCACCUGCAGGACGCCAUCAUGAACCCCGAGGGGUGGUGCCAGCAGACCCUGCUCAAGAAGGAGGUGCCCGAGUUCUAUGUGCGCGACGUGUAUCUCAGGGAGGCGGCUCAGUCCAUCAGGGCUGGCCGCGUCUGUGACUUCAGCAGGGGGCAUUGUAUCCCUGGGCCGGAUUAGUCAACGCAUCUGCAACACGCCAACUGCAACCAGCUUCCAAACCAUCUGCCAAGCAAGGCAGCAUUGUUUGCCAUUGCGUUUCCAGCCAUCUGCCGAGCUGGCCAGGUCUUUCCUCGGUAGUGUUAUGUACUUGGUGCGCACUGCUUUGUCACAUACAGGCAAGACGGCAAUCAGGGUCCUUCCUGGGCCUUUUGCAAUAUGUAAUUUGGCAGACAUGCCCUACAGGCUCGUGUGACCCUCAGACAGGCGAGUUUUCAUUCCUCGCGUGAGUGUACGAAAUACGCGAAGUCUACAACAGCGAGGGUUACCGAAUCAACACUGCUACAGUACUCCUGUUGACUCACACAGAUUGACGACACCUCACUGAGGUUAUGAAAGGGCAACGGUCAUGGACCGUUGACCAUGCAACACAACAGCCAAAAUCGCAAGAGUCAAGAGUCAGUGCGACAGCAAGAACAAAUAAUCGUCCCGAUAAUACAGUACAGGUGGUUACCCGAGUCGCCUUAUCGAAUCGUAAAAAGGGAAUGCACCCCUCGAAGUGGACAAACAGUUAGACUCUUCAUACCCUGUAUUAUUAUAUAAAGCUUGUAUCCCUCU